AUGGCUUCCCUACCCUCCCAAGCCGCGCGAAGGCGCUCCUCUCCCGAACAACGACCCUCCUCCCCCGCCCAGGAGAUCUCAUCUCACGAACCAGACACCUCCGAAUCGCAAUGGACACCUCUGAACACUCCCGGAGGAACGGCGGAGGCCUCUAUCUCCACAACCACCUCCCCCAUCACCUCCUCUGUGCCCGAACCUGCGAAACCCCAACGUAAAGAGGACGCCCGCAUAUGCUGGAUCUGCCAAUCGGAAGAGACAGAAGACACACCGGAAGAUGGACCUUGGAGAAACCCAUGCUCUUGCUCCUUGACUGCCCACGAGCACUGUCUGCUAGAAUGGGUCGCCGACCAAGAAGCUCCCAAGCCACAAAUCCUGGCGGCCCCGAGACUCCACUGUCCCCAGUGCAAAGACCCGAUCAAAGUCGAACGGCCCAGAAACCCAAUCGUGGAGGCAUUCUCUUUAGUGGAAAAAUUGGCGCGAGGAUUGGUUCUACCUUCGGCAAUCAGCGGGGUUAUGGGGUGCGCAUACUCUGGCUUGAUGAUCUAUGGAGUAAAUACCACGUUUCUGGUCUUCGGCGCGGAAGAUGCGUGGCGGCUCCUUGGAGCUCCAACAGGCGGGAGAGCCAGUCCAGGGACGUGGAGGAGCGUUGUUAAUCUUUUCAACACCAUGGACCCCUUCUUCCCAACCCCUCAAGUCGAGGCCUCAAUGAAGGUGAAGCUCUGGCUCUCUCUACCCCUCAUCGGGCCAGCUCUCGUAUUUCUUCGAACAGGGCUCGCAGAUCAAGCCUCAGCGUUACUCCUGCCCAUAUACUUCCUCAACAACCUCAACCGCAACCCUAACUGGAAGAUCUCCGUCUCCUGGCCGCCUACCCCCGGCCUAACGUUCGCCGCCAUCCCUUUCAUCAAAAAAGCCUACAACUCCCUUUACCACUACGCCUUCUCCGCUCUCGAGAGAGACUGGGACCGUGCCGUCCGCCGCAAACCCCGCGAGGGCGAGACAGCCGAGGAAAUCGAAGAGCAAGCUGUAGCGGAUGAAGACGAAGGUCGCGCCAUUCUCGACGUCCAAUGGGUGGAGGAAGAAGACAUGAUUGAUCCGGCUGCGGCGCGAAAUGCGGCCCCGGAGAGAAGGCGCGAGGUACGUCAUCGGUGGGUACAUCAUCAAGAAGUCUCCGCGGCGAAGGUCAUGACGACUGUGAUGGGUGCGCUGUUCUUCCCUGCCGUCUCUUCCGCUAUGGGUGAGGUGCUGAAGGCUAUAUUGCCGGUGAGGUGGGUGGGCUACAAUCGAUGCGGAGGGCUUCUCAGGGAGAAAUGGGCUCGGACGGUCGUGGGCGGGUGUAUCUUCGUCGUGUUGAAGGAUGUGGUCACGCUGUACGUGAAGUGGCAGAGAGCGAAGAACGCUGGGAAGAGGAAGGUGUUGGAAUACGUAGGCAGGAAGGGCAUCAGAGGCCGAUGA